CGCUACUUACACUACCCUUAAGUGAUCCCAACCUAGAGUAGCGUCCCUCUCCACCCCUCAAGUUCACCAUGGCCUUCCAACUCGGUCCGGCCGACAGCGACGGAGACAGUGACAGCGACCUGCCCUUUCCCGAGCCACUGGCACAAGACGCGUUCUCGCCGAGCUCAACCGACUUUUCGCCGCAUGCCUUCCUCGCCUCGCUGCGGAACCGGCACCAGACGCUCGAAGAUCUGCGAGCGGAGCUGCGCACGCGCUCCAAGAACCUCGAGAGCGAGCUUGUCGAGCUCGUCAACAGGGACUAUGCGGACUUUGUGGGGUUGGGCAGCUCGGUGAAAGGCGGUGAGAGCAGGGUCGAGGACCUGAAGGUCGGAUUGCUCGGUUUCCGCAGGGAGCUCGAGGUCAUUGUCAAGGCUAUUGAGGCUACGAAGUCGGAGGUCGAGAAGGAGCUCAGAGUCAAGGAGCGGAUCAGGCAAGAGAAGGCUCUGGCCAGGAAUCUGUUGGCUCUGAUGCAGCGGCUGGAUGAACUCUCGUCGCUGCUGCUGUUAGACGGAACCGACUCUGGAACGGGUCCGCCGGGUUUCCUGGAGGAUGGUGAGGGAUUGACCAGCACAAAGCGGCUGCAGAAGCUGGUGGACAGCUGGGUCUACAUCGUGGGGUUUCUGCUGCCCAGAAUACCGACAGAUCACCCGUUUUUGAAGGCGCAGGAGCCGAAGAUGAAGAAGUGCAAAGAGACGCUCUUGAUUGACCUACGGAGCGCACUAAGGGAGUCGAAAGCUAAGGGGGAUCAAGUAAGGUGCUUAAAUGUUAUGGGACUGUUUGGAGACUUGAACGCAGAGGCCGACGCGGUUAAGGUGCUCAGGGAGCUCAAGCGAUAGAAUAGAUGAGUUCAAUUCAACCCCUCUAGCAGCAGGAGGUAAUUAAUGGGU